GAAGCUCCGAGCGGACGCGUCGACAGACUUUCUUGCCUCAUAACAAGAAGACCCUUGGUUUGGUUCAUCAAGCCGUUAUCGCUGAUAUUCCCAAGGACAAACACUUCAUCACCAUGGCAACAAGAGCGCUGACGUCAGCUUCAUCGCGUACGCACACUGGUGAGAAGCCCUACAGGUGUGAGGAGUGUGGCAAGCAAUUCAGUCGGCCGAGUCAUCUGAAGGAACACAUGCGUACUCACACUGGUGAGAAACCCUACAGGUGUGAGGAGUGUAGCAAGCAGUUCAGUCUACCGAGUCAUCUGAAGGAACACAUGCGUACUCACACCGGUGAGAAACCCUACAGGUGUGAGGAGUGCGGCAAGCAGUUCAGUCAGCUAGGUAAUCUGAAGAGACACAUGGGAUCUCACACUGGUGAGAAACCCUACAGGUGUGAGGAGUGCAGCAAACAGUUUAGUGAGUUGGGUAAUCUGACGAAGCAUAUGCGGACUCACACUGGUGAGAAACCCUACAGAUGUGAGGAGUGCAGCAAACAGUUUAGUGAACUGGGUUCUCUGAAGAGCCACAUGCGGACUCACACCUGUGAGAAACCCUACAGGUGUGAGGAGUGCGGCAAGCAGUUCUGCACAGCAAGUAAUCUAAAGACACACAUACGAACUCACACUGGAGAGAAACCCUACAGGUGUGAGGAGUGCAGCAGACAGUUUAGUCAGCUGAGUUCUCUGAAGGCACACAUACGAACUCACACUGGAGAGAAACCCUACAGGUGUGAGGAGUGUGGCAAGCAGUUCAGUCGGCUGGAUGAUCUGAAGAUACACAAACGGACUCACACUGGCCAGAAACCCUACAAGUGUGAGGAGUGCAGCAGACAGUUUAGUAUGUUGGCUACUCUGAAGAAGCAUAUGCGGACUCACACCGGAGAGAAACCCUACAGGUGUGAGGAGUGCAGCAAACAGUUUCGUGACCUGGGUUCUCUGAAGACACACAUGCGGUCUCACACCGGUGAGAAACCCUACAGGUGUGAGGAGUGUGGCAAACAGUUUAGUGAGUUGGGUUCUCUGACGAAGCAUAUGCGGACUCACACCGGAGAGAAACCCUACAGGUGUGAGGAGUGCAGCAAACAGUUUCGUGAACUGGGUAAUCUGAAGAGACACAUGCAGACUCACACCGGUGAGAAACCCUACAGGUGUGAGGAGUGCAGCAAACAGUUUAGUCGACUGGGUAUUCUGAAAAAACACAUGCGGACUCACUCUGGUGAGAAUCCCUAAACGUGUGAGGAGUGCAGCAAACAGUUUAG